ACUCAACACGCAUCCUUCCACCGCUGACCUGGGCUGAGCUGUGUCCUGCAUGUGUGUGCGUGUGUGUGCGUGAGUGUGAGCGGGAGUGUGAGUGAUCCCCAGAAACGAGCAGCAGGAUGGAGGAUCUCAAGGAGAAUCUAGGAAGUUUGGAUUGACGCCCGGGGGAUAACGCGCCGUCGGCCUGAACCUCACCGGGCUUCUCGUGGAUUUUAUAUAUUUGGAUGUUGUCUCUACCCCGUUUUUACCCUUUUCUUCUAGGCAGUGGGGAUUUACACUUGGCUCGCAGUGUCUGUUAUUUUUGGCGAACAAAAUGCCAUUCGCCAAAAGGAUUGUGGAACCGCAGCUUCUGUGCAGACACCAGAUCCCCAACGAUGAAGGUGUGCUUUUCGAGGACCUGUGUGCCAUCAGUAAUGUGGUUCUCUCGCGGACCUUGCGCCAGUUGUCCGACCUGGCGCGGCACGCCUGCUCUUUAUUUCAGGAGCUGGAAAACGACAUCAUGAGCACCAACAAGCGUGUCUGGUUCCUUCAGAGCAAAAUAGGCCAGAUCCAGCAGACAGCCAGUGCCCUGGACCCCAAAAAGGAGGCAGUGCCGGUGUCGAACCUGGAUAUAGAGAGUAAGCUGUCCGUGCACUAUCAGGCCCCAUGGCACCAGCAACACAAUGUGUUUCACCCCCUUACCAGACCGCCGUGUUUGGAGGAGCUUCACAGAAAUGCUCAGCUGAGUCUGAGAGCUCUGCAUCAAGAAGAACAACAACAUCAGCUUUCCUCAAGCCGGGAGAGAAACAGGGUGACCAUCUCCAUCUCCGUGGCCCCACCCAUGCCUACGUUUCCCUCACCGCACAGCAUCCGCCGGCAACAGAGAAGUCGGCUUGCACGAGCGCAAGAGAGAGCAGAGAGGGAACGAGAACUGGAGUAUCAACCACGAAAGGAGAGGAGUGUGAAAGAAACAGAGAUGCAAACUACAGAGAGAAAGCUACAAGAGAAACCUGUUAGAGAGGAAGAUAUGAAAACAAUCGAAAGGAAGUUUGAGUGCUUUUACUCACUUGACACUAUUGAAGGUUGCAUCUUCAUUCCAUGGAAUAGAAAGGCUACAUCGACAGAGAACAGAGAAAGGGCUGAGGUCACUGGAGGCCAAACAGCCAAGGCCUUAACCCACAGUACUCCCUCAGCCCAAGAUAAACAAACAAACUGUUCAAAGGAAAACAUCCCGCCAUCAGAUCAGAAGGCAAAUGACGAUUCUCAAGCUGUGUCCUCUUGCAUUAUCCCCAUAAAUGUUACAGCAGGAGUCGGGUUUGACAGAGAGGCCAGUGCCCGUUGCUCACUAGUUCACUCCCAGUCGGUUCUUCAGAGAAGGAGGAAGCUGAGGAGGAGAAAGACUAUCACAGGAAUACCCAAACGGGUACAACAUGACAUGGACUCAGAUGAAUCACCUGUGGCAAGAGAGCGCACAGUGAUCAUCCAUGCCAAUUCACAUCAGCUUUCUCUUUGUCAAGAGGACCUCUCAAUUAGUGGGCGUCUCCACCACACUCGUGACUCUGGCUGCCAGACAGAUGAUUUCCUUAUAGCAUGCACAGCUGCUCCCUCCCGAAGGCGCAUUAGAGCUCAGCGUAACCAUCAAGGUAUCCCUGCCUCUUUGUCCCACUCCACGGGUAACAUUUCAUCCCUGGGAGACCAGUCUGACUUCCCAUACAUCCCGUCCUCCAGCCAUGGUGGGCGGUUGCGUUCACGUAGCCUUCCAAGAGAGGGUGGACGUCUGAUGGACAGUGAUGAAGACGAUGAUGACAACUAUGAUGAUGAUGAUGAAGAUGAAGAAUUGUCACCUUACGAAGGUGAGGACUUCAUUCCAUCAGGACCAAGCCCCAGAAUGAAGAUGAUGAUGAUGAAGGAUGAAGAAGAGAGCACGGAUGAUCAGGCAGCCCCUGAGCCACUGCAACUUGGAAGUCUAAAAAGACUACAGAGGUCUACUGAAAGAGACAGAGUGGGUGGAGGAGGUGGAAGUCCAGAGCCCAGUUGGAUGGAGAGGGGUCGUUCUCGCUUGCCCCGCAAGGCUGACAUGGGUAGCUGUGAAAUCUCAUCCAGUUCUGAUACUUUUAGUAGUCCUAUUCACUCAGUGUCUACUACAGGAGUUCUAGGCAGCCACGUGGAUCACAAGGAAGACCACCAGUCAUCAAGUGGUAACUGGAGUGGCUCCAGCUCCACGUGCCCCUCACAGACAUCUGAAACCAUCCCCCCACCUUCAUCUCCACCCCUAACAGGCUCUUCUCACUGUGAUUCAGAGCUAUCACUUAACACAGCUGCCAAUGCUAUCGAUGAGGGAUUUUCCCUCGAUCCUUCCUACCACUCUGACCUCAGGCCCCAGAGUCAAGGCCACAGAUCAAGCUCUUUUACAUCAUCAGCCACAGACCAGCUUGAUGAUGCAGGGGUCAGCACAGCCAGUGAAGGGGAGUGGGCGUACCUCCCUGACCAAGACCAGACCGAUGCAGACCAAGACCUGGAACACACUCAAAAGCUGAGUGACAGCCACAGAUUUCCUCAAGAAUACAGCUCAAAAGAAGGCCUUAAUGAUCAAACAUGUUUUAAUAAACAGAAAAACAAUACUGAAAAAGAGCCUGACUCUCAUUACCCAUCUGAUAGAGAGGGUUACUUCUCAUCCUCUGUAAACUUUGGGGAAUAUAAUCAAACUUACAAAGAAUACACCUGUAACUAUGCAGACCUAGGGCCUGACUCUCAUCAGUCCAACACUUUGGAAACUCGAUUAUCCCGCGGCAGUUAUCCUCAAUCAUCACUUGAGUUAAAAACAGGCACUAUGACUUUAGGGAGAACUUUUCGUCCUUUAAGAAAAUCAAAAGUCAAACCUCCGCCGCCAAAGCGAACCUCCUCACUAAAGGAAGCCAGUAUUAGUGUUGAUGUUGGAACAGACACACAAACAGAUAAGGAUCAACCAAAGAUCGUUAAUGAGCAAGAACUUACCUCGUCUUCCACAGAUAUGAAGUUGGAACUGGACCUGGAAAUUGGAGUAGCCCCAGAACCAUUACAGUCAUCUUGUCUAGUUUCUGAGUCUUUGGGAACUUGGGGCAUGGGACUGGGGGGAGCCAUGGACGUAGUAGAGCCAAUGUCCUUCAGCUCUGCAGAUACACAUUCAUUUAAGGAUGAGGGUGCUGUGCAAUCUGACUAUGCAGACCUGUGGCUUCACAACAGUGAUCUAAAGUCUAACAAUGGAGAGUACGCAUCAAUGUCGAACUCAAGCACAGCCACAGGCACCACCAUUAUGGAUUGUAUGAAGUCACCAGACAGCUCUUCCUCUUCCACAGAGACACCUCCCCAGGCUGUUGCCCAGACUCUUGAAUCCAAGCAAAGCAGCCCAUCUCUCCCCUCUGGGGACUAUAAGCUUGGGUCACCUGAAAAAUUGGCUAGCCUAGCUUCACCAUCGAGCGGUUAUUCCAGUCAGUCUGAAACCCCAACAUCAACUUUACCCUCAUCAUCAGCAGCAUUCUUCCCAGGACCACUGUCCCCUUCAGCUGGCAAGAGAAAGCCUAAAGUGCCAGAAAGGAAGUCAUCUCUCUCUUCCUUACAACAAUUUCCUAGAGAUGGAGCUUCCAUUUCAUUUUGUAAUAAGAGAGAUCCAGACUUUCCACCUCCACCCUCACAACUUGAUCUGAAUGUUCUACAUGGAGGCUAUGUGAGACACACAUUAUCUCACCGAGCAUACCACAUGCACACCUUACACCAUAGCAAACACAGAGUUGCAAAUGUCUUAUCUGGUGGACCAAAAACAUCAGUCCCUGAAGUAACUAAUACCAACCCACCAACAAGUUCAAGCUCUGCUUUAUCAAACCCAAGCUCAAAUGUUUUGCCAGUAACUCCAUCUACAAUUCGUUCUGUGCAGCUUCAUCCAGUAAGCCAAUUUGCUGAGCCACAGAGUACUUCCAUAACAUACCAGGACACAGCAAAUGGAGCUGAGACUGUAACAAGGCCAAAAUGUCCUCCCAGUGGCUCUACUCUAGCUCCUCCACCUGUUAAUACCAGGCCACUUCCUCCUCGAAGACCACCUCCAAGACCCCCAUGUCAUGACCAUAUCUCCUCUCCUGAACGUCCACAGCCGCCUCCACCUGGUCGCCAUCCUGAUGGACCUCCAUCCUAUGAAAGUCUGCUUCUAAGGCAGGAUCGUUAUGGGCCAGGAACAUUUUGGGCUAUGACUGCCUUCAGAACAAGGAUGGACCCUUCAUCAGACCUCUCUGAAGACAGUUCACCCCUGCAUAGGCCAGUUCCACGUGCUCCACACCCUUCCCCUGUUGAUCUUCACACACAUAUUCACUCACACGCAGAAUUCAGAGGGCUCACCCACUCAGCAAAUGCUCGUUCAGAGUUUAGAGUUUUGGGGGAGCGCUCUUUCUCCCAGGAUGAUGAUGAAGAUGAUGAAGAGGAGGAAGAUGAGGAGGAAGAGCAGGUGAAAGAACUACACAGAGCUGCAUGUUCCAAAGGAGGAAUUCGAUCAGACCACCCUCCUCCCCCAGCAUAUGAAUUUGCUGGAGGAUCCCAUCUAAACUCAGGGCCAUGGGCUAGUCCUGUUAAAGUGCCUGGUAACACAACCGAGACAUCGCAUCCUUACUCAAUCAGCGAUGCCAGAAAAGGACAAGAAAUGCAGAAAGAGGAGAAGGAAAUAAAAUCAGGUGCUACCCGAAGUGCCCAUCAGCACCCACUCCAGGAAAGCAAAGAUGACUCCACCACUCCUGAUACUGAGGAUUACUUUAGCAAAGAUUCCACACCCAGUGACAACUCACUUUCUCCCCUGACGGAGGACACCAAAGUGGAUGACGAUAUUAUUAUCACAUCCCCUAACAAGAGUCGUACAACGGAAGACCUAUUUGCCAUGAUACACAGAUCCAAGAGGAAGGUUCUGGGCCGUAAAGAUUCAGGAGACAUAAACCUGAAGUCUCGUCUUUGCCCUGCUGCAGCUAUAACUCCCAGUAAUGUUUCCAGUGGUGUUAUCCCUCCAGCACCACCUCUGAACUUUCCAGUUACUUUAGCCAAUGCUGUUGGGUCACAAAGAGGCCCUGUCCCCAUCUAUCGCAGUGCUAAAAAAUCAAGCACGUCAAAUGAGGAGUUUAAACUUCUUUUGUUAAAGAAAGGUAGCAGGUCUGAUUCUAGCUAUCGCAUGUCAGCAACAGAGAUUCUGAAGAGUCCCAUCACCCCCAAAACACCAGGGGAGUCCCUUCAGGAAGGUCCUUUUAGACAGCCAGAGGAGCAAACUUCUAUGUCACAGGAGCCUCCAGUCUCUGGUCUGGACCCAAUCCAGAUACCAGGAAUUUUUCCUCGGGCCAUCUCAGAGAGUUUCACUCCUAAAACCCUUCCUAUGUCGGCUGCAUCUCGUCAGGGACGUUCCCGGAUCCCCCCGGUUGCUAACAGCAGCCGCUACAGUACACGCAGUCGCCUCUACACAGCGCCCAUGCAAGCCAUUUCUGAAGGGGAGACAGAAAACUCAGAUGGGAGCCCUCAUGAUGAUAGAUCAUCAUAAAAUGACCUAAUAAGAACUUUUGCCUGUUGUGUUUUCUGGAUUUUAAAUACCCCCACUACUCUUUUUCAGCAGUAGGGUGACUCCUGCAGCAUUUGAAACCUGACUGUUGCUGAUAUGCCUACAGCUAAAAGCAAACUGUUUAAAAGUGACAGACUGUUGCGAGAAAGAAUCAUUAAGGGAUUGAAAUGAAAUCCUGAGAAUAUAUCUAAAUACUUUAUUUAGUAAAGAAUAAUCCAAUUCUUUAAAAGUGUAAAAAAUAUUUUAAUUGAAGACUGUUUUUUUAAGAAAACAUAAAAAAAAUGUCUGAAAUGUUUGGGAAAUUAUAUGAAAUAAUAUUGUGAGAAAGUGUGUGUGCCUGUACAGGCACAUGCAAUCUUUACUAACAUUUCUACUUUUUGUGCUUUGAAUAGCACGGGUGCACAUGUAUCACUUGGGGACUGAUUUAUUACUUCAUAUAAAAAAUUCUUUUCACAUUUUAUAUUCUUUUAACCUAUGGUGCCAACUGCAUCAGCCAGACUUCCGUGAGUCUUUACUCAGCAUUCCUGCCAACAAGCAAAGUGUAUUUGAUGUGGAAGUCGCUGACAAGUCUCAAAUGAGCACCACAUUUUUUUAUUUUAUUGACAUCUGCAGACCUGCCAUAAAAUAUAAUAACAAAGAGCCAAUCUUAUAUUUGUUGACUAAAAUGAUAUCCAAAUACUAACACGAUGCAUGUAUUUUUGUAAAACUGCGCCUAAAAACGUGGUGGUAAGAUUUCAACUUGUUGCAUGACCUAUGUGGAAAGAACCCCUGGAUCCUAGUUUCUUUUAGCAUUGUUGUACUUCUUUUGCAAUGUAGGAGCAAUGAUUAUGUCACUGCUAAACAUUUGAGUUUCAAUUCAGCCACAUUAAUCAAAACAGAUUUUCCUUUGAGUGUUUAAAACAGAAGGAGCAAGGGCUUGCAACUACUUGUCUAUCAUACAGGCUAACUUUGGACAAUCGCACAGUGGCCUUUCUCCUACAGAGGUGGUUGUGGCAGGGUGCUUAGAAGCCCCAGGAGGUAUACAUUUACAUGAAGCUGUGUCAAGUUUCAAUAGGUUUAAACCACACAUUUAUUAAAAGCUGACCUUAACAUUUCUUGCUCGUUCCAGCCGCUAACAAAAAGUUGUACUGCGGAAAGCAGCAAAGGUGCAUUUCAUAGCCGAUUUAAAAGUGAAUGCAGAUGGUGAAAAUGCUUUAGAAGAACUUCAAUCUGUUGGACUAGAGGUUAUCUUGGUGUGGUUUCACAGAUCCAACCUCAUUUUGCACUUCGUGAUUCACAAGAGUAGAAGAAAAAAAAAGACAUAUCUUAUAAUUAAAUCCAUGUAUAUUUGUACUGAAUAGAAAAGGUCUUAUCUAUAUUGAAAUAAAGAUAAAUUUUAUGGGGAAUAAUCCACGUGUAGCAAAGAACAGGACUCACUGACAUUACACAUUAGUUUUUUUAUUUAUUUAUUUUAGCAGUGUACUGUUCGCCUCUCCUUGUUGCCUCUCCUUCAUUUGCACUGACCCAGUAGCAUUAGACAGGUGAACGCUCAACACAAGUGGCCGGAAUUACAAUUCAAACCUCACAUUUCAAAUAAUCUCAGAGAGAGAAAGAAGACGGUAAAGGACAGAAGUCAAAUAUAACAAUGAUGGUUCAUAACUUAUUAUUGCAGCGAGGAUAAAAGAUAUGUCCUUCAAAUAUAUAUCUUUCACUAAUGGAAACCUUGAUCUCUCACCUGCUUGCUAGAACAAACACAACACAUACUUCUUAUGUUUAGAUACCAUGCUUCAUUUGAAACUAUUCACUGUAUUCUGUGAAUACCUCAG